AUGGCUGAGGAUAUUGUGAAACCAUUGUUGGAUCCUGAGAACUUCAAUCGAGCAUUGAUUGACUUAGAAACCUUACCGUUAGAAGAUGUUUUUGAACAACUACGAACUUCACUUGAUGGACUUACAUCUGAAGAUGCUAAAGCUCGUUUGACAGUGUUUGGGCCAAACAAACUGGAAGAAAAGCCGGAGAACAAGUUAUUGAAGUUCCUUGGGUUUAUGUGGAAUCCUUUGUCAUGGGUUAUGGAAGCUGCAUCAAUAGUGGCAAUAGCCCUUGCUAAUGGCGGAGGUGAAGGCCCUGACUGGCAGGACUUUCUGGGUAUUGUUUGCCUGCUGUUGAUCAACUCAACUAUAAGUUUCAUUGAGGAAAACAAUGCUGGAAAUGCUGCAGCUGCAUUGAUGGCUGGUCUGGCACUAAAAGCAAAGGUUCUCAGAGACAGAGAAUGGCAGGACAUGGAUGCAGCUAUUCUGGUGCCAGGAGAUAUAAUAAGUGUUAAGCUUGGGGACAUAAUCCCUGCAGAUGCUCGGUUGCUUGAAGGAGAUCCACUAAAAGUUGACCAGUCUGCCCUUACAGGAGAAUCUCUUCCUGUCACUAAGAAAACAGGUGACGAGGUUUUUUCUGGUUCUAUAUGCAAGCACGGAGAAGUUGAAGCUGUGGUGAUAGCUACUGGGGUUCACUCCUUUUUAGGAAAAGCAGCUCAUCUAGUGGACUCCACUUACGUUGUUGGGCAUUUCCAAAAGGUCCUUACCUCCAUUGGGAAUUUCUGCAUUUGCUGUAUAGCUGUGGGAAUAGUUCUUGAAAUCAUUGUCAUGUUCCCCAUACAGCAUCGAUUAUAUAGGAAAGGAAUCAACAAUCUUCUCGUGCUCUUGAUUGGAGGAAUACCCAUAGCCAUGCCGACAGUAUUAUCUGUCACACUUGCAAUCGGUUCUCAUGGUCUUUCCAAACAGGGUGCUAUUACAAAGCGGAUGACAGCGAUUGAGGAGAUGGCAGCCAUGGAUGUCCUGUGUAGCGAUAAAACUGGAACUCUGACAUUGAACCACCUUACAGUUGAGAGCAACCUUGUUGAGGUAUUCAACAAAAAUAUGGACAAGCAGAUGAUUAUUUUGUUGGCAGCGCGAGCAUCAAGAGUAGAGAAUCAGGAUGCCAUCGACGCUGCCAUAGUUAACAGGCUAGGAGAUCCCAAGGAGGCACGUGCCAACAUCAGGGAAAUUCACUUCAUGCCCUUCAAUCCAGUGGAUAAACGUACUGCCAUCACGUAUAUUGACUCCGAUGGAAAAUGGUAUCGAGCAAGCAAAGGGGCUCCUGAGCAGAUUUUAAAUCUAUGCCAAGGAAAGAAUGAGAUUGCCAGAAGAGUGCAUUCCAUCAUUGACAAUUUUGCUGAGAGGGGCUUCCGGUCUCUUGGAGUUGCUUAUCAGGAAGUUCCAGGAAGAACGAAAGAGAGCACUGGCGGUCCUUGGAUUUUUUGUGGUUUGUUACCUUUGUUUGAUCCUCCAAGACAUGACAGUGCUGACACUGUACGAAGAGCACUUAACCUUGGAGUUUGUGUGAAGAUGAUUACAGGUGAUCAGUUAGCAAUUGCCAAGGAGACAGGAAGACGACUCGGAAUGGGAACUAACAUGUUCCCAGCUUCAUCAUUGUUGAGCCAUGACAAGGAUGGAACUGAGAUUCUUCUCGUGGAUGAGCUAAUUGAGAAGGCAGAUGGCUUUGCUGGUGUGUUCCCUGAACACAAGUUUGAGAUUGUAAAGAUUCUGCAAGAGAAGAAGCAUGUGGUUGGCAUGACUGGGGAUGGGGUGAAUGAUGCACCUGCUUUAAAGAAGGCAGACAUUGGAAUAGCAGUUGCAGGUUCUACAGAUGCAGCCAGAAGUGCUGCUGAUAUAGUCCUAACUGAGGCUGGGUUAAGUGUGAUCAUUAGUGCUGUCUUAACUAGCAGGGCUGUAUUCCAAAGGAUGAAAAAUUAUACGAUAUAUGCUGUCUCCAUCACUAUCAGAAUUGUGGUUGGCUUUUCACUUUUAGCAUUGAUAUGGGAGUACGACUUCCCGCCUUUCAUGGUUUUGAUAAUAGCAAUACUUAAUGAUGGAACUAUAAUGACCAUAUCCAAAGAUCGGGUUAAGCCAUCUCCAGGGCCUGAUAGUUGGAAGCUCAAUGAAAUAUUUGCAACAGGCAUUGUCAUUGGGACAUACCUUGCUCUGGCGACUGUACUGUUCUACUGGAUUGUGGUACACACUACUUUUUUCGAGACACACUUCCAUGUAAGUUCUAUAUCCAGUAAUACGGAAAAAGUUUCUUCAGCACUGUAUUUGCAAGUCAGCAUCAUUAGCCAGGCUCUCAUAUUUGUUACCCGGAGUCGAUAUUGGUCAUUCCUUGAGAGGCCUGGAAUUCUCCUGGUGUCCGCAUUUCUUGUGGCUCAACUGGUGGCCACAUUAAUUGCUGUCUACGUGCAUCUCAGCUUUGCCAACAUUAGUGGUAUCGGAUGGAAAUGGGCUGGAGUGGUUUGGCUUUAUUGCUUGAUCUUCUAUGUUCCCCUGGAUAUCAUAAAGCUCACUGUGUGUUAUAUCAUGAGUGGAGAUGCAUGGAAUCUUGUAUUCGAUAAAAAGACUGCUUUAACUUCAAAGAAAGAGUACUACAGGAAGGAUGAGAGAGCAGGAAAGUGGCAUCUUUCCCACACGACUCUAGAGGGGUUGAGCUCUGCAGAUCCAGAACUAGUUGUUAGGCGAUCUUCUUCGAUGGCUGAGCAGGCAUGGAGGCGUGCCGAAAUGGCCAGACUGGGGGAGCUUCAUAACUGGAAAGGGCACUUAGAGUCAGUAGCGACGCUUAAAAAGUUGGACCUGAAGGGCAUGCAAGGAUCUCACAGUAUUUGA